ACUUCCAGUGUGACGUCGAACGUCUGCGCCGGGCUCAGUCGCACGUGUUGUUUUCAUGGACGUGUGAGGUUCUUGGCUAUUUAAAACAGGGUUUGAAUAAAGUGUAAAUCCUCAUCAACAAACAUGGGGAAGAAACUCAAAGUUGGAAAGACCCGAAAAGAUAAAUUCUACCAUCUCGCCAAAGAGACAGGUUAUCGCUCUCGUUCCUCCUUCAAACUCAUCCAGCUCAACCGUAAAUUCCAGUUUCUACAGAAAGCCAGAGCACUGGUCGACCUGUGUGCUGCUCCUGGAGGAUGGUUGCAGGUGGCAUCCAAGUUUAUGCCAGUAUCAAGUCUCAUCAUUGGUGUUGACCUGGUGCCUAUAAGGCCCAUCCCUAAUGUGGUGGCACUGCAAGAAGACAUCACUACAGAUAAAUGUAGACAGGCUAUACGAAAGGAACUGCAAACAUGGAAGGUGGAUGUUGUGUUAAACGAUGGAGCUCCAAAUGUGGGAGCCAACUGGCAACAUGAUGCCUUCUCACAAGCUCAUUUGACCCUCAUGGCCACGAAGUUGGCCUGCGAGUUCCUGACUAAAGGUGGCACUUUUGUCACCAAGGUUUUCCGCUCCAAAGACUACCAGCCGCUGCUCUGGAUCUUCCAGCAGUUCUUCAAAAAGGUACAGGCCACCAAGCCUCAGGCCUCUAGGAACGAGUCUGCUGAAAUCUUCGUCAUCUGUCAGGGUUUUCUUGCUCCAGACAAAAUUGACAACAAGUUCUUUGACCCCAAACAUGCAUUCAAAGAGGUGGAGGUGCAGGCCAAAACUGUGAGGGAUCUGAUGCCUGUCAAGAGGCCAAAGGCGGAGGGAUAUGACGAUGGUGAUCUGACACUCUACCACAGUUUCACAGUGACUUCCUUUCUGAAAGCUGAUAACCCUGUGGACUUCCUGGGAAAAGCAAGUGAGAUUGCCUUUGACAACCCUGAACUGGAGUCUCACCCGACCACCAGCGAUGAGAUUAAGGAGUGUUGUCGGGACAUCAAAGUGUUGGGUCGCAAAGAGCUCCGCUUGUUGCUGAGCUGGAGGUCCAAGAUGAGAAGAUUCCUCAAAAAACAGAAGUCGCCCAAAGAGCCCGACCAGGAGAUCAACUUAAGUUCUGAUGAAGAAAAAGGCAAUUCAGAUGAGGAGCCAGAGAAAAGUAAAAAGGGGGAGAAAGAGGAAGAGGAAGAGGAAGGAAAGGAGGAUGAGGAAGAAAUGGAAAGGAAACUGGCAGAACUGAAAGCUGAGGAGGUGGCUGAGCUCAAAAGGAAGAAGAGGAAGCUGUUGAAGGAGAAGCGCAAGCAGAGGGAGAGAGUGGAGCUAAAGAUGGACCUGCCGGGUGUCUCCAUUGCAGAUUCAAACGACACAUGUAUGUUCUCGCUUGCCACCAUCAAGAAGCAGCAGGCACUGGUCGACCUAUCCAAAGGGGACAUGCAGGCAGCAGACGACCUGGCAGAUGAAGACGAUGACCUGCACCUGUCUGAUGAGGAGGAUGAUGAGGCAGAUAAAAUGUCCUUGGCUUCUGAUUUAGAUGAUGAAGACAUGGAAGAGGUGGAGCAGAGACAGAAAGAGCUAGAGAAGAAAGCACCUAAGAAAGUAAGAUUCACUCAAGAAGAAGAGGAUGAUGAUGAUGACAAAGGCCAAAAAAGCAGCUUGCUGGUAGAACUAGAGGGAAAGGAUGAGAAGAAAGAACGAGAGACUAACCUAUGGUUCAGCAAGGGCAUCUUCUCUGAGAUUGAUCUGGAAGGAGAUGCAGAAUGUGAGCUCCAACAAACAGAGUGGCUUCAGAAGAAACAAAGUGAAAAAGGCAAAAAGAGGAAAGCUGAAGAUGUCAAAGAGGAGGAGCCAGCAGAGGAGCAGGCUGCUCCACCAGAGGAAGAAAAGGCGGUGCCUUCACUGACUGCUGGAGAGGAGAGUGACAGUGACUCAGACAGCAGCGAUGAUGAGAAUGAGAUUACCAGGAUGAAACAGGCGAAAGGGGCUUCAGGAAAGGCUGAUGAGGACGACAUCCAGGUUGUUCCUGUAGAGAGCACCAGUAAGAGAGCUAGGAUCCUGGAUGCAGAGGGCCUGGCACUGGGAGCUCAGAUCGCUACAUCUAAGAAGAGAGCCAGAGAUCUGAUUGACGGCUCCUUUCACAGGUUUGCUAACUCUGAGGAGCACUGGGAUGUACCUGAGUGGUUCCUGGAUGAUGAGCAGAAACACCGGAAGAAGCCAAUACCUGUCACCAAGGAGAUGGUGGAGGAGUACAAACAGAAAUGGAAGGAGAUCGAUGCCAGGCCCAUCAAAAGAGUUGCAGAGGCUAAGGCCAGAAAGAAGAGGAGGAUGCUGAAGAAGAUGGAGCAGGCUAAGAAGAAAGCAGAAGCUGUCGUCAACACUGUAGACAUCUCUGAAAGGGAGAAGAUGUCUCAGCUGAAGAGUAUCUACAAGAAAGCAGGCAUCGGGAAAGAGAAGAGAGAAAUCACAUAUGUCGUGUCCAAAAAGGGGGCUGGCAAGAAGGUGAGACGGCCUGCUGGCGUCAAGGGAACAUUCAAAGUGGUGGACAGUCGCAUGAAGAAAGACAUGCGCGGAAUGCAGAGGAAAGAACAACGUGCUAAUGGGGGCAAAGGAAAGGGUAGCAGAGGCAAAGGAGCACAGUCAAAGGGUGGCAGAGGAGGGAUGAAGGGCGGAAAAGGGCGAAAAGGAAGAUAAAUGUGAGCCUCUAACCCUCUCACAGUCCUGCCUAUCAACUGUUAAACAUUGCCUGGGCUAAUGCCUCAGGUGAGUAUGAGGCACAGAGACCAAAAUGAACACAUGGAUGCCCCACAUUGGCAACCUUUGCAAAGGUUCCUUGAACUGCUAGAGACUUGAGACACGUUCUGAGGGUUUUUAAGUACUGGUGGUCUGUGUUCGUCUUUCUUAAAGACGUAGGUUAUUGGCCUUGAACUCUGUUCGAGCAGUUUCGCUUAACAGCUGAAUCACAUCUAUUAUAAAAGUAAUAAAUGUUAUCUCAAGAAAUGUUGGUAUUGAUAUUGUAAAUAUUAUAUACUCAUCUUUACAAUAAAUGUUUUGUUGAAA